AGGACCUGUACAAGGAGGCCAUGAUGGAGGAGCACCAGCCUCUUAUAUCACAGGAAAAUUCCCAUAAGAAUUCUGAGGGAAACUUCAUGUUAUCACUAAAUUAUAGAGUAGAAGAUGAAGACAUCAUGCAGUGCUCUUCAGGAGAAAACCUUAAUGUACCUCCAGGACUUCACAGUACAGAUCUGUCAUAUAAUCACCCUGUUCAUGAGAAAUCUUCGGACCAAUCACAGAUUGCUACCACAAGUGCCAGUCAGAAAGGGGGUGAAAGGUUUCAAGAGAUCACAAAAAGAUCAAGUCUUUCUACAGACAGAAGAAUUCGCACAAGAAAGAAGCCAUUUUCAUGUCCAAAAUGUGGGAAAUAUUUUACUUAUAAAUCAGUGCUUGAUAGACAUGAGAGAAUUCACACAGGAGAGAGGCCAUAUUCAUGUUCAGAAUGUGGGAAGUGCUUCAUGGAUAAAUCAACUCUUAAUAGACAUGAGAGACGUCACACAGGAGAGAAGCCAUUUUCAUGUUCAGAAUGUGGGAAAUGUUUUACGCAGAAACCAAGUCUUGCUGCACAUCAGAGAAGUCACAGAGGAGAGAAGCCAUAUUCAUGUUCAGAAUGUGGGAAACGUUUUAUAGUUAGACAAAAUCUCAUUAAACAUGCGCUACGUCACACAGGAGAGAAGAUGUAUUCAUGUUCAGAAUGUGAGCAAUGUUUUACGAGAAAAUCAGAUCUUGUUAGUCAUGAGAGAAGUCACAGAAAAAUAAGAUUACGAUCACAAUUCCAGAAUUUAGACUUUGGUUUUGAUUCCAAUUAAAGAAUGACGUUAUUCGAUAACAUAGAAAACUAGAAGAGCUACAAUUUCUGGGUAAAUUCUGUGAAGUGUUCUUGCCUCCACCAGUAGUCUACAACUGGAGUGGGCACAGUAACUGGGUGGAGUGG